AUGGGAGUCAAGCAUAUCGAAGCGCACGUGGAUUCCAUGUUAGUAGCCGGGCAAAUCAACGGCCAGUACGAAGCCAAAGGAGAUGUAAUGGCGCUCUAUCUGGGCCAAGCAAAAACGUUGCUGCAAACCUUCUAUUCCUACAAGGUGCACCACAUAAACAGGAGCGAGAACAAACCAGCAGACGCGCUGAGUAAACUCGCAUCUACAAGCUUUCAACACCUUGCAAAGGAUGUGCGCAUAGAAGUUUUAAGCAACCCAUCUGUCCCACUUCGGGAAGUAUGCGUCAUCCAGACAGGGACAACGUCUUGGAUGACCCCAAUAAUCAUGUACCUUCAGUCCGGGAUACUACCCGAAAACAAAGCGGAGGCAAGAAAAAUCCAAUACAAGGCCGAGCACUACCAGAUGGCCGAUGGAAUUUUAUAA